UAAAUGGAAAAUCGAAGGCCAUUGUUACAGAAUUUAAUUGAAAAUUACUGCUUCUUCUCUUCUCUCUCUCUCUCUCCCUCUCAACACUAAUUUGAACGCAGCUGCUGCAGGUUGUUCAUAAUAACUAAAUAUUCAUUGAGGUUUAUUGUUGAGAUUUUUACUGGAAAUUAAAAAAAAUAAAGUGAAUAGUGAUGUUGAAUGAACCUAACUUUACCUUAAUGCCCUCCAAUCACGUGAGCAUCGUCCAGGCUUCCAUUGUCAAAAGCCAUCUGAUUGGCGGAAACAAUGUCAGGGAUUUGUUUAGUGGCUUGAGUCAUCAACACUGUGAUCACUGAGCACAGUGUAGUGUCAGUGUUUGGCCUGUCAUCGUUCUGACAUAGCGUCAAAUUCCUCUUCAUUAUUCACGCAAUGUGAAUAUUUGAAGGGACCAACUCGUUGAAACUCAUGUUCUACAGCAUAUUAAGUGUGAUAUUAUAUUUGAGAGGAAUUUGAUCCUCUACGUGUGUCUGGUGGCAAUUGUUUUCAGUAUUCAGCGAGAUGUGGUCGGUAUUAGUCGGUUUAUUGAGCCUUACAAGCUGUGCGUGGGCGUCCGUUGUCAAGUAUCAACCUGAGGCAGUACAUCUGUCUUUUGGAGAUACCACUCGUGAUAUUAUUGUAACCUGGAGUACAAAAGAUGAUACCAAAGAAUCCAUUGUCGAAUAUGGAAUUGGAGCGUUUGGUUUCACUGCUAAAGGAAAUUCUACUCUAUUUGUUGAUGAAGGAAAGCAGAAACGUCAUCAGUACAUCCAUAGGGUGUACUUGAGGGAUCUAACACCGGGGCAGAAAUACAUAUAUCAUUGCGGUAGUAAAUUUGGCUGGUCGAAUAUCUUCUACGUGACAACUCCCCCAGACUCGAAAACUUGGACCCCCCAGAUAGUGAUUUUCGGGGACAUGGGGAAUGAGAAUGCCCAGAGUCUCUCCAGACUCCAAGAAGAGACUCAACGGGGCCUCUAUGAUGCCGCGAUCCAUGUCGGGGAUUUUGCCUACGACAUGGAUACCGAUGAGGCCAGAGUUGGGGAUCAAUUCAUGAAGCAGAUUGAAGGGAUCGCUGCUUACUUGCCAUACAUGACGGUCCCUGGGAACCACGAGGAGAAAUAUAAUUUCAGUAAUUAUAGAGCCAGGUUCUCCAUGCCAGGAAGCUCACAGGGGCUGUGGUACAGUUUCGAUAUGGGGCCAGUGCAUUUUAUAGCCAUUGAUACUGAGGUUUAUUAUUUCAUGAACUAUGGUAUCAAGCAGUUGGUCAAGCAGUUUGAGUGGCUCGAUGAGGAUCUCAAGAGGGCGAAUGAACCAGCUGCAAGAGUUGUGAGGCCAUGGAUUGUAACGUUUGGCCACCGUCCAAUGUACUGCAGCAAUGCAAACACUGACGACUGCACCAAUCAUCAGUCCCUCGUCAGAGUUGGACUUCCAUUCCUCAACUGGUUCGGUCUCGAAAAUCUCCUUUACAAGCAUCGAGUGGACCUCCAGCUGUGGGCCCACGAGCACAGCUACGAGAGACUCUUUCCCAUGUACAAUUUCAAAGUUAUGAACGGAAGUUACGAGAAGCCCUACAACAACUACAAAGCACCUGUCCACAUAGUAACAGGUUCAGCAGGUUGCAAGGAGGGUAGAGAGAAGUUUAUACCAAAGAGACCUUAUUGGUCGGCAUUUCGUAGCGCUGACUACGGAUACACCAGAAUGAAAGUCUUCAACAAGACACAUUUGUAUUUAGAACAGGUCUCCGACGACAAAGCUGGCGCUGUUCUCGACCAAGUUUGGAUGAUCAAGGACACCCCAGUCCCCCAAUAUCCUCCAAACUAAACAUCAUGGACUCUUAAAGGUACAAGUUUUAAACAAACAACAUAUCCUCAUAUCCUCAUCAUAUAAAAAUAAUAAUAAUAAUAAUAAUAAUAAUAAUAAUAAUGAAACAUCAAAAUUACGAUAUUAUUUUCAAUGUGAGAAAAUGGACGAAAUAAAAUUACGACAACAAUC